AUGGCGGCAUCACUGCCCGAUUAUAGAGAAGGAGAAGGAGACACGCCGACCCUGCACUCAAUGGACGAUAAAGAAAAGCAGGAAAUUUCUGUAAAAGAGACGGUUCUUCCGUCAUCUCAUCAAGAAUUUCCUGAAGGCGGACUCCAAGCUUGGUUGUCCGUAUUGGGCGCUAUCCUCGUGCAAUUCUGCACGUUCGGGUACAUCAGCUCUUUCGGAGUGUAUCAAGGGUAUGUGGCUACCUAUCUGACUGCAUAUUCAUCAAGUGAGAUAGGAUGGAUCGGCAGCAUUCAGGUUAUGUUGAUCAUGUCAAUGGGGCUAUUCACGGGUAGAGCCUUUGAUGCUGGGUAUUUCCAUCACUUAGUGCUCGGAGGCACUAUAUUGCAUGGGUUUGCCUUCUUCAUGUUGUCGCUAUCGCAUCAGGACCAGUAUUAUCAGGUCUUUCUUACCCAUGGUCUCCUUGGAGGAGUGGGGUGCGGUGUUAUGUAUAUCCCCAGUCUAGGCAUUCCAUCCCAUUAUUUCCACCGUAAACGCGCUUUGACGAUGGGGAUAGUCUCUGCUGGGGCAUCAGCAGGGGCCGUUAUCCACCCGAUCAUGCUCAACAGACUGUUUCACGGUUCAUUUGGCUUCCACAAUGGUGUUCGCGCCAGUGCUGGCAUGAACCUCGGACUCCUCCUCUUGGCGAAUGUGCUCAUGAAGCCUCGAUUGCCUCCGAAGAAAGCGGCAAGCAUCCAUGUCAAAGCAUUCAUUCGAGAUAUCCCUUAUGUCUUCGUCGUGUUCUCAGGGUUCUUGUGCAUGACGGCCAUGUUCAUUCCCAUUUUCUUCCUCCAAUUGAAAGUAGUCAAGGGCGGAAUGAACCGUACAUUCGCCUUCUACUCGAUAUCAAUCAUGAAUGGAGCGAGCGUCGUGGGUCGUCUCAUCCCGGGGUUCUUCGUCCAGCGCUUUGGUGUCAUUAACCUCAUGGUCGUCAACACCUUCGGGAUAAUUGCCUUGAUGUUCUGCUUCAUGGUCGUCAAGACAGUCGCCGGUGUAGUCUGUUUCGCCAUUUUCUUCGGACUGUUCUCUGGAUCAGUGGUCACGUUGAUGCCUCCUUUGCUUGCAUCCCUUGCUCGCGACUUCAACGAAAUCGGUGCCCGGAUGGGCCUUUGUUUCACACUAAUGGGAUUUGGUGGCCUUGUAGGGAGUCCUAUUGCAGGUGCUCUGCUGACAAGUGAUUAUAUCUGGUGGCGCCCUGUUGUCUUCGGAGGCGUGGUCAUGACCAUUGGGCAACUCCUGAUGAUCAUAGCACGCUUCCUGGUGGUACACCGCAAAGGCACGCAAAAGGUUUAA